CUCAUGUGGACGACUUAUUUCCAUUUUUCUUGAGACAUGCCAAACAGAUAUUUCCUGUAUUGGAAUGCAAGGAUGAUCUACGUAAAAUCAGUGACUUGAGGAUACCACCCAACUGGUACCCAGAAGCCAGAGCCAUACAACGGAAGAUAAUAUUUCACUCGGGCCCCACCAACAGUGGGAAGACUUAUCAUGCAAUCCAGAGAUACUUGUCAGCGAAAUCUGGAGUGUACUGCGGCCCUCUGAAGCUGCUGGCGCACGAGAUCUUUGAGAAGAGCAAUGCUGCUGAUGUGCCAUGUGAGUUGGUGACAGGUGAAGAGCGGCUGACAGUUGCGCCUGAGGGGAAAGAAGCCACCCAUGUCUCUUGUACUGUGGAGAUGUGCAAUGUUACAACUCCUUAUGAAGUGGCUGUGAUAGAUGAAAUUCAGAUGAUUCGAGACCCAGCCAGAGGAUGGGCCUGGACCAGAGCGCUGCUAGGGCUCUGUGCCGAGGAAGUCCAUUUGUGCGGAGAGUCUGCUGCUAUUGACCUGGUCUCUGAGCUUCUGUACACAACUGGGGAGGAGGUAGAGGUUCAGAAGUACGAGAGGCUCACCCCCAUUACCGUGCUGAAUCAUGCACUGGAGUCUUUAGACAACCUUCGGCCUGGGGACUGCAUUGUCUGUUUUAGCAAGAAUGAUAUUUAUUCUGUGAGCCGACAGAUUGAAAUCCGGGGAAUGGAAUCUGCUGUGAUAUACGGCAGUCUCCCGCCUGGGACCAAACUUGCUCAAGCAAGAAAGUUUAAUGACCCCAGUGAUCCGUGCAAAAUCUUGGUAGCCACAGAUGCAAUUGGCAUGGGACUUAAUUUGAGCAUAAGGAGAAUUAUUUUUUACUCCCUUAUAAAGCCCAGCAUCAAUGAAAAGGGAGAGAAGGAGCUAGAGCCGAUCACCACCUCCCAAGCUCUGCAGAUCGCAGGCAGAGCCGGCAGAUUCAGCUCCCAAUUUAAAGAGGGAGAGGUUACAACAAUGUACCAGAAGGACUUGGCUUUGUUGAAGGAGAUUUUGAAUAGACCUGUGGAUCCUAUACAGGCCGCCGGUCUUCACCCAACUGCUGAGCAGAUCGAAAUGUUCGCCUACCAUCUCCCUGAGACAACGCUGUCCAAUCUCAUUGAUAUUUUUGUAGACUUUGCACAAGUUGAUGGACAGUAUUUUGUCUGCAAUAUGGAUGAUUUUAAGUUCUCUGCAGAGUUGAUCCAGCAUAUUCCACUAAGUCUCCGGGUGAGGUAUGUGUUCUGCACAGCCCCCAUCAAUAAGAAACAGCCUUUUGUCUGCUCGUCAUUGUUACAGUUUGCCAGACAGUACAGCAGGAAUGAGCCCCUGACCUUUGCAUGGUUACGCCGGUACAUCAAGUGGCCUUUGCUUCCGCCUAAGAAUAUUAAAGACCUCAUGGACCUUGAGGCUGUCCAUGAUGUCUUUGAUCUUUACCUAUGGCUAAGCUACCGAUUUCUGGAUAUGUUUCCAGACUCCAGCCUUGUUCGAGGUCUCCAGAAAGAGCUGGAUACCAUUAUCCAAGAUGGUGUGCACAACAUCACCAAACUGAUUAAAAUUUCCGAGUCACACAAGCUUUUGAAUCUGGAGGGCGUAUUAGGAGAGGACCAGUCACGUUUUUCAGGAACUGCAAAGAGCCCAGCAAGAAGGACACGUGGCACCAAAAGCUCAGGGAGUAAAGCUGAAGAGCCUGUCAGCCCCAGUGCCAAGGAGCUGCCCCUUGCAUCUAGGCUGGUGCAGCAAGGACUCCUCACUGCAGACAUGCUUAAGCAGCUCCAGAAGGAAUGGCUGACUCAGCGAACAGACCAUGGCAAAGAAAAGGCAGGGACACGGAGAAAGAAGACUGACCACAACUCUGAUUAGGUUUUUUUAAUUUUGCAAAUAAAAAUCAAUUUUAAAUCCUUA